AUGAGCCGACCCAUCGAGCAAGCUCUGCUAUCUCUUCUGCCCUCACAUAACUCGAAUCUGCCCCCUCCCUUAGUUGAGCACGCAGGCUCUCUGCUCGCUCAAUCCCGGAACAAGGCGAGCACCCUCAAGGCAGAAGAGGAGGUUGCGCGGACCUAUGCAUGUGCUCAUAUAGCAUGUGACAGACUGAAAAUCGUGCUCAACCUCCCGCCCAUCGAACCUCGGCCUCCUGUCCCACCACGUAUCUACAAGCGUCUCUACACCCAUUUGGACAAGAUCUUGCCUGCCACCUCCCUAGCUGGUCGCCCAAAGGCCAAUGGCCUCGGCACGCCCAGGUCCAAGGGGAUCAGCUCUCCUGUAUCACGAUUUACGCCUUCAAGAGGCACACCGACCAAGGAGGUUUCGUUGUCACAGUUCCGGACACCCAGCAAAAGAGGCACAGGCACGCCGUCCAAGGUAAAUACACCCAGCGCACCCAGUUCAUCCCUGCCACCCUGGAUUCUCCCUACUGUGCGCCGUCUCUGCACAGCUUUUGCGGCUGACGAUGGUCCUGACCUUGCGCGAACCGUCAUGGCUGGGCUCGAGACCAUUGCGGCGCCAUACAACAAGAGGACUCAGGACGAGUGGGUGAGUGGCCAUUUGACAUCACUGGUCGGUGCAAUAUUCUGGUGCGUGUCGGAGUCGGCAGGUCUCGCGCCCGGUGAGGAGUUGACCCCAGAGGCAUCGCGGACGCGCUACAAGAACAUGAGAAAGGAUAUGUUGAGUGUCCUUCGCAGCGCGAGAGAAGAGAUUCAAGUUACAGUGCCACCAAGGAGAAAGGGCAGGCAUGUUGAUGCUACAGGGGACCUGGAGGGUAUAUUCUGGGACGGCUGGGAAGAGGAUAUGAGGCCGGCUGAUCUCGACGCAGCUAUCACGGAAGUGACAAACAGGGGGUGGCUGAACAGCGACUGGUACCGGAGCAUCGAAUUCAUCAGGGAUACGGCCGACGGCGCUGAAGGUGAACAAGGGGGCGAAGAUGGUCCUGGCCGGAGUCCAGUGCUUGCCGCUGCCACCGUGCAGAUCACCAAGGCCGACACCAUGCUGCAGGACAAGUUCGACUACCUAAGUGAACGCCGAAGGGCCGACUACCACCAAUGGAAGGCAAACAUUAUGCGGCGCAUCGAGCUGCUGGAGCGUGGCAAGGAUGCAGAUCCGAUGGAGGUUGACUCGUGA